CCCUCCUUCCCUCUAAUUCUUCCUCCCCCUGUGUUAGGCUCAACCAAAGCUCAUAUAAAUCAUGGUGGCGGUCACUCUCACAUUGUUGACAAGCAAUCAGAACCCACAUUAUCCUAACCUUAUUUGACCAACACCGUCCUAAAUCUUCUGGAUAACUUAGUAGAAAGCACCUGCAGCAGCAACAACACAGAGCGAUGAGCAGAGAUUUCAGGCGAGCUCUGGUCCAUCCUUCGUUAACUUAGUAGUCCGCUGGGGCAGAACCGAAGGCUACAAGACAUGGAUUUCCUCAUAAUGGUUGUCACCAUUUCCAUGGGUUUGGAGAAGCACAGAAAAACAUGUGUCCCUCACCCCUGCAAAUCAUCCAGAUGUGAGCUCGCAGUCCAACAUCGUGACCCACCGCCGCCGCAUGGGGACAACUCAACUCGCUCCAUCUGCUUCUCCCGUCAUACUCGAAACUGGAGAGGACGAUUGGAGCUGGAAAUGGUAGCACACCUAUUUGUCUUCACGUCUGCAUCUCGUACAUGAAAUCAUCCGUCUUUGGACUCACAGAACGCAACUCUGCAAUACGAGUUGAGACGGACACUUCAUUCACAUGACGAGCUUUCAAUACAACAGAGCCAAGGAAAAGGAAGGGCUGCCUAACCCAAGGAACGCGGGCAUACGACAAGACCCAUCGAUCCACCGAGGAGAUUCGGCAGCAUGGAUUAGCACUCUACAAACAUGUAUUAGAAAAAGCCUCUCUGCGUCCGCAACAGGAAGGUCGAGAGACAGCUCCAAUGGUGGAUUGGCUGCGUCGCUUUUGUCUCAUUGCUCCUUAAAUAGGGACACUCUCUCCUCUUUUUCCUCACACCUUGCCGUGUCCGCCUGCCUCUUGCGGUUGAGCAAACACGUAUAGCUAUCGACAAUUACCACAAACGCCUUUUGCUUGGAGAGGGUUAUGGAUGAACCCGGCUGCUCUCUGUCGAUCUCCAGCCUCCUCUGCCAGGAAGACGCGACUGAUUUGGAUCCGGAUUUGGAUUUGGAUUUGGAUUUGGAGUUUGAAGAUGAACUGUGUCAGGCGUACCUGCUUCUCAAAGACGCGAUUUUUACGGACGAGGAGUACAUCCAGGAGCUGGCCUCGAGAGAGAGGAGCAGCUUCGAGAGGCAGGACCAUGAAUUCUCCUCUUGUGACGAGUGCUUGGUUCCGGCGGACAACUGGUUCAAGCGUGCCCGCUCCGACGCCAUCCGAUGGAUCUUGAACACCACCGCCCGUUUCGGCUUCGGCUUCCAAACAGCAUAUCUAGCAGUGGCUUAUCUUGAUCGUUUCCUUCGACGGCGAAGAAUUGAUAACGGGAAGCCAUGGGCGACCGGAUUGCUGUCGACGGCAUGCUUGUCCGUGGCGGCGAAGAUGGAGGAGCGCAGAGUGCCGCCGCUCUCGGAGAUGCAGAUCGAGGGGUACGCGUUCGACAGCAAUGCGGUGCAGAGGAUGGAGCUCCUCCUCCUGGAUACUCUGCAGUGGAGGACGAACUGCGUGACGCCAUUCGAUUACCUGAGUUAUUUCAGAUCGAAGUUCCAGUGUGAGGAGUCACUGCACAAAGCCAUCGACUUCAUCUUUGCGGCCAUCGAUGCGAUCAAUUUAACUACUUGUCGCUCCUCCGCAGUUGCUGCAGCUGCCAUAUUGGCUGCAUCCAGCGAAAUCUACUCCAAGGAGUUACUGGAGACAAAGAUGAGCACUACGUCACUGUUCCAAUCCUUUUCAGAAAAGGAACACGUGUUUUCCUGCUACAGUAUCAUGACUCAGGAUCUGCCCAAGAACAUGAUAACACCCAAGAGGUUGUCUUCUUCUGAAGCAUCAGAGAACUAUUCCAGCAUCACCGUUGCCAUCGACAGUGCCUCCAUCAGCUCGUCAAGAACUAAGAGGAGAAGGUUGCGGUUGCCAGAUAUCCAUUAGAGACCAACCUAACACUGAUUUUUGGAUGUGCAUGGGAAUGAAUGUCUUGAUUUUGAUUCUUCUUUUCUUUGACUUUUGUUUUUGAUUAUUGGUUGUGUGAGUGCAUGUUUGGAUGGUUUAUGGUUGGAUUGGUUGGUUAUUAGGAUUGAGAAGCUUGGAAGUUGAGCUGUGUGAGAUGUUUCCAAAUCGAAUGGAGUGAGAAAGAAGAAAGGGAAGGCCACUGAAGACUGUUUGUGAAUAGCGUUGCAGACCUGCCUUGUUUGCUUCACAUACCACAUCCCAUGUUGUCCAUCGAUGGAUUUGGUCCUUGCUGUAGUUCUCAUCGUGCCCUUUUCCAUGGGAAAUAUUCACUGUGAAGCAGUGAGGGUGAUGUAAUAUGAUCUUGAUCGGAUACUGUAAAGAGGAUGGAUGCACUUGGAAUUGUUUGUUUUGGUGGAAUGAGAUAUAACUCCAACUGUGACUAAUGUA